UUGCUGAGAAAUGAAUAAAAUUUAGUAAAUUUUAUUGGUGAUCAAUUUGAAAAAAUAAACUUAUUAUUUGCUCGAAAAUGUCUAAAUGUAUCAAUUUUGCAUUGGAUCUUAUGCGUUAUCUUUAUCGAGAAACAUCAAACAUUGUAUUAUCGCCCAUAUCAUUGGAAAUAGCGGCAUUAAGUAUAAUUGCCGGUAUUAAAGAUGUUUCAUUUGAUGAAAUGCGAGAUGCCAUUUUUGAUAAUAAAAUCAGUUCAAGAAACAUUAACGAUUUAAUCAAUUCAAUGGGAUCGUUGAUCCAUGAACUUAAAUCACAACAAGAUGUGGAAUUUAAAAUGCACAAUUUCAUCUAUGUUUCAUCGAAAUUCAAAUUAAUCGAUCAAUAUUUGGACAACGUCAUUCGUAAUCUGGAUACACGUGUCAAACAGGUUAAUUUCGAUGACCAAAGUCUUGAACUUUAUAAUAUCAUCGAUGCUGAAGUCAGCGAUGCAACAAUGGGACGUAUCAAUAAAGUGAUCAAAAAUGUACCGACCGUAUCAAACAUGUUAAUCAUUAAUAGUACAACAUUACAAAUGAAUGAAAAUCAUCAUUCAACAUCAUUUUCAUCGGCAACAUCAAGACAAAUGAGACAAUUAUUUAAAAGUUCUUAUGAAGGAAAAAGUAAUAAUACGAAUACGAAUACAAAUAAUCCAACCGAAUAUGAUAGCUUUAUGGAUAUCACAUUUUCUGUACACAAUGGUCUUUUUAAAUAUUAUCAUGAUAAUGAACAAGGUUACACAUGUGUAGAAUUGUCAUAUAAUGUGAAUAAAAAUCUAAAUCUAAUACUAUUGCUACCAAAAGAAGGUACAAGUCCAAGAGAUAUAAUGAAUCAAUUAUCACAAAAUAAACUUGUAUCAUUAUCAAGAUCAAUGAUGUUGAAACGAUUGGAGAUAAAAAUUCCUGUAAUAAAAUUAAAAAUGAAUAUCGAUUUAGCAUAUAUUUGGCAAUUGAUUGGUAUACAGAAAAUUUUCGAACCAGAUGAUGCAGAUUUCAGUACAUUGGCCACAAAUUAUAAAGGACUAUGUCUUGAAUCAAUAAUAUUUAAUUCGGAAUUUAAUUUAAAUGGAAAUUUUAAAGAAAAAAGUAUGAGCAAAGGAGAAGAAAGAAGCAAAAGUAGUAGUAAUAGUAAUAGUAAAAGUGGUAAUAAUAUUCGAUCAUCUACAAUAAAUAAAAAAAGUUCAACAUUAUUACCGAUUGUAUUUAAUAGGCCAUUUAUUUAUUUUGUUACCUGUAAUGUUAAAGAUCAACAACGAAAAGUGAUUAUAUUCGCCGGCGUUGUUAACAAUUUGAUUGAUUCGAAUUAA